AUGAAAGACAAUUGUCUGGUUCAACUGAAUGACAGCCAUAACCAGAUGAUUGUACAUUGGGCAGGUGUGGGGAGUGAUGUAAUCCUCGCACUGUCUAAAGAGAGUCGUCCCUUCAACGACUCGGCCGGUAGCAGCAAUCUGUUCAUCUCUUAUGACUAUGGCAAGUCCUUCACCAAUGUGGGGCCUAAACUGAUUAUCCCGACCGGCAAGCAGCCUAUCGUUGACCAUUACUAUAACAGCAAAGUCUUCAACAGCUAUUAUAUUUUCACGGACAUUGCCAACCACUACAUAUUUACAACAAAAGACUAUGGGCAGACAUUUACACCCUACAGUGUGCCAUUCCGUCCCAAGUCUAUUGUCCUUCACCACAGCAAUCCAAAGAUUGUCCUUGGCACUGAUGAUGACGAGGAUCAGAAAAGGGUCUACAAAUCCUUUGAUUUUGGGCAGAGUUGGUCGCUGAUGCAGGGAACAGUGAAAUCUUUCUUCAUGGGAGAGGAACCUUAUGAUCAGCCUAACGACACAUAUGUGGAACGCAUAGAGAAUGGUGGUAAAAGUACCCUAUUACGAAGCUCUGAUUAUUUUGCUCACGAUAUCACCACACUCAUGACCGACGUGGAGGACUUUGAGAUCAAGGGUGCCUACAUGUUUGUCACCAAAAAAGUGCACCUCCUUGGCGGUCCGUCGGAAACACUUCAACUGUGGGUGUCAUACAAACGAGGUCCAUUCUACAAUGCCCAGUUUUCUCACCGAGGAGUUCACAAGGACUAUUAUGUCGCAGAUGCUUCCGAGGACAUGGUGUUUCUGUGUGUAAAUCAUGACAAUAACUCCACCCACUUGUACCUUUCUGAUGUGGAAGGCAAAAAAUUCUCACUCAACCUUGAGAACAUUGUAUAUUAUAACCCGAAGGGAGCCAAUAAGGACACUUGGUUAAGGUACUUUGCUGAUGAAGCGUUCGCUGACCUGGCUAAGAUUGAGGGUAUUCGAGGUGUAUACGUUGCCUCUCAGAUUAUGAAUGUCAGCACAGACCUGAGUGAGGAGACACAACGUACACUCAUUACAUUUGACAAGGGUGGGCAGUGGCAGCUGGUCAAGGCUCCGGCCAUGGACCGCAGUGGUAGACCUACGAACUGUACACAGGCAGUCAACUGUUCACUCCAUCUUGCCCAGAAGUACAGCAGAUUGUUCCCCUUAAGUCGGGCAAUACAGAUCCUGUCACGCACCAAUGCCCCAGGGAUUGUGUUAGCUACAGGAACCCUGGGAAUGAACCUGAAGCUUGAUGCAGAUGUCUAUCUGUCCAGUGAUGCUGGGUACUCAUGGCACAUGGUACUGGAAGGUCACAAUUUCUAUAGUAUUGGUGACCAUGGAGGUCUCUUGGUGGCGGUACCACAGUUUGGUGUUACUGAUGCUCUGCUGUAUUCAUGGAAUGAAGGUCAGACGUGGAACAACAUCACAUUCCACACAGAGAAGAUUCGAGUAUACGGCCUCCUCACAGAACCUGGAGAAAAGACUGCUGUUUUUUCACUGUUCGGCUCUCAUGUUGGUCACCACCAGUGGCUGAUCAUCCAAGUGAACCUGACGUCUAUCUUCAGUGGUUCGUGUAGUUCUGAAGACUACAAGGACUGGUCGUUCCCUGACAACCCACCGUUUGCAGGCUGUAUCCUCGGUCGAAAAACUGUCUACCAGCGCAGAAUCGCACAUGCCUUCUGUUACAAUGGGCUUGAUUAUGAACGCAAGGUCACUCAGAACAACUGUACCUGUAAACGUGAGGACUUUGAAUGUGACUUUGGAUUCAAACUCAAUGCCUCUGGACUUGUAAUGGGGUUAAGUACCUGUGACGAGGAUCGUGACAGUAAUAUAGAUGUUCACGCCAUCCCUGACCCCUGUCCUCCUGGAACCUAUUAUAAAUACACUAGAGGAUACCGUAAAGUUUCUGGGGAUAUGUGUAAAGGUGGACUAGAUCACAGAUUCUCGCCACUGAUGUACUCCUGUCCCAUCAAAGAGACCCCAGAGUUUAUCCUGUACUCGACACGCUUUACAAUUCACCGAUUCAUACUCGGAGAGAAUCGUGAUGAAGUCCUUGUGCAGCGAGAUUUCUCCCAACAACAUAGUCUGUUUGCUGUAGAUUUUGAUUACCAUGCCAACUGCCUUUUCUGGGCCGAUGGCGCUGAGAAUAUGAUCAAGAGGAUGUGUCUGAACGGCUCAAGUGCUGUGGAGAAUAUUGUCACACGAGGCUUGGCCUCUGUCGAGUCGCUUGUAUUUGACUGGACAGGAGGCAACAUCUUUUGGAUAGAUUCACACAAUAGAACACUGGAAGUAGCCAGAAGCAAUGGCCUCUACAGACGCACACUUUUUAAUAAAACAGACUUGGACCAGCCACGGGCCCUUGCCUUGGAUCCUCACCAUGGGUGGAUGUAUUGGACCGACUGGUCAGAUACUCAUCCGCGUAUCAGUAAAGCUUGGAUGGAUGGCAAUCCAUCAACUGUUAAAGUGAUUAUCAAUGGUUCCAUUGUUCACUGGCCUAAUGGAAUCACCAUUGAUCACCGUUUGGAACGGAUUUACUGGACAGACGCAUUCCUUGACCAUAUCAUGUCUUCUGACCUCGAGGGUAAUAACCAACAGUUGAUUGUAUCUGGGAGUGCAGUCCCCCAUCCAUAUGCCAUCGGCAUGUACAAGAGUAUUCUAUACUGGACAGACUGGUCUAGGGAAUCCAUCAUGAGUGUGGAUAGUCUUGACCACUCCUACAUACGACCCAUACUUACCAACGUGUCUGAUAUCAUGGACCUGAAAGUUUUGUCUCAUCAAACACAACAGUUGGAGACAGCUUGCAGUGGAGGAAAUGGUCAGUGUUCACAGCUUUGUCUACCAAAACCGCCAACUUCUAUAAUGCAUGAAAAGAAUCGCACCUGUCGCUGUGGUAAUGCUGUGACACACAUGCUUAUGGCGGACGGAAAUGAACGAUGUCACUGUGAACCAGGGGAACAUCUGAACACUCAGACUGGAGCCUGCAUGCCUGGAAACGGCACAGGGUCAGCUGGAAAUGGAUCUUGUGGGGCCCAGGACUUCACCUGUAAUAAUGGUAAAUGUAUUUCAUCUGCUUGGAUCUGUGACCGUGACAACGACUGCGGAGACUUCAGCGACGAAAUGGACUGCACUUUGCGGGGAUGUCCUUCAGGCAGUUUUAAAUGUAAAUCCUCCAAUCGUUGUAUUCCUGAUCGUUGGCGUUGUGAUUUUGACAAGGACUGCACUGAUGGAAGUGAUGAAUUGCACUGCAACCACACUACUUGUGCUGCCUAUAUGCACACCUGUGACUCUGGACGUUGUAUACCUAAAAACUGGACAUGUGACUAUGACAAUGACUGUCAUGAUGGUGUCAACGGGUCUGUUUCAUCAGAUGAACGCAACUGUUCUUACGGUGACAUAUGCCUGUCCAGUGAGUUCCACUGUAAUGCCCACCAGCCAAAGUGUGUGCCAAUUGGCCUCAAAUGUGACGGCCAACGUGACUGUGGUGAUGGGUCUGAUGAAAUGAAUUGUACCUCAUGUCCUUCUGGAGAGUUCCGAUGUGACAGUGGAAAAUGUAUCUUCAACAACUGGAAAUGUGACGGGGACUUUGAUUGUUCAGAUAAAAGUGAUGAGAGUGAGGCCACUUGUGGAACCACUGCCCCUCCAGUAGUAACCAGCACACCUGUAAGUUCAUCUUGCCACUUCUGGCAGUUUACGUGCCACAACAAGGGAUGUGUUUGGUGGAGUGACCGCUGUGACCAGGUCAAUGAUUGCGGAGACAACAGUGAUGAGGACAACUGUGAUGGGAAGACAACACCAAUACUCUGUCGUGAAGAUGAAUUCCGAUGUAGGGAUCAGCAUCACUGUAUCGGGAUGAACCUUCGAUGUAAUGGACACUAUGAUUGUAGUGAUCGAAGUGAUGAAGACAACUGUUAUAAAACCUCAACAGCAUCACCUGUGAUCUGCCAUACGGGUCAGUUCCAAUGUGGGGACGGUCUGUGUAUUCCUACUUCUUGGCUGUGUGAUGCUUACCCAGAUUGUGCUGAUGGUGCAGAUGAGAGAGACUGUAAUGAUACCCAGGUAUGCGAUGAGUCAGACUUCCGAUGUGAGAACAUUGAGGGGUGUGUGAACAAAAACCGUGUCUGUGAUGGGGUAGCGGACUGUGUUGACAGCUCUGAUGAGUACAACUGCGGAUCAACCACUAGUUCACCACACCAUUGCCAGGGCUGUGACAUACACCACAUGAAAUGUCAGAGUUAUUGUAAAUGUAUUCUGUGGAUGAAUACCUGUGACACUAUGUAUAACUGUUUUGAUAACUCGGAUGAGACACUGCCUUCCUGUCAACAUCCUUAUGCCAAUACUGGGUAUAUGACAGAGUGGAACAGUGCCAGUCAAAGCCUCUCUUUGUCCUGGAGCCACGUGGAUGGAACCAAUGUUUCCUACAUUAUCUCAUUCAUUGAGGCUAACAAUGAAGGAUCCUACCAGAACAAGACUGUGGGUUAUGUUAACAAGUACACUUUAACCAAUCUACGACCUCUGACCCUGUAUCGUAUCAGGUUAUAUGUCACUGACAUUAAUGGCACGAUAUUCCCAUUUACAAAAGUGAAUCAGUACAGGACUUCCGAGGGAGUGCCAGACGCUCCUACAAACUUUCAAGCAAGCUACAAUCAUCAAGAUGCUUACUUCAAACUGACAUGGAAGUCUCCAGGCAACAGCAGUGGUAUCAUCCAGCACUACACAGUGUAUUAUACCUCGUCAGAGCAGUCAACCAGUAAUCACGAGAUCAUACCACCUGCCACAUCCUACAAUCUCUACAUCCCCUCUGUGGCUACUGGUCACACUUACAAAUUCUGGGUAACGGCCUCUACUAACGCAGGGGAAGGACCAAUCUCUAAGAAGGCCAUCUUAACAGUGGAUGAUGAGCUACUGAUGAGUGAAGUUGAGAACCUACAGUUGACCACAGGAAUGUACAGUGUGUCCUUGACCUGGUCCAAACCUAACACCACAGCGAAAAUAGACCAUUAUGAGGUUAUGUACAAUGAUGCUUUGGAAACAGAACAGAUAGUGAAGACCACAACGACAAACCUUACAGUGCUCCACCUGUGUCCUGGUGUCUCUUAUGAUUUCUAUGUAAAAGCUGUUAACGACCAUGGAAACAGUCCCUUUGUGUUUCAAACAGCAACUCCCACACUUCCACAGUCUUACCAAUCCUUUGCUCCCACAAAUAUCUCCUGGGAGACCACCAACCCUGGACAGUAUCACAUAAUGUGGGAAUCCCAGAAAUACCCCACACCCGAUGUGACUUACAUCCUGUACUACGACUACUCACCGGUAGACAUGGAGCCGAAAAAGAUUGAGAAACACGCACACUCUGUGAAGGUGACAGGAAGCAGGUCAUAUACACUACAGUCACUGAGGGCCUGUGAGACAUAUUUCUACAGAGUAGGCCUGCUGUCUCCAGGGACAUGCAUGCCAGCCAAACUUUCUUCUUUUAUUACUGCGGAAGAUGAAAAUGCGCCUCCAAAGAAUACUGACUUCAAACUGGAUCACAAAACGAUGACCAAGGGCACACUUCUGUGGGACCCACCAUGCAUCAAUAGCAAUGUACCAGAUAACUACACUGUGUACAUCUCUGAGGUCAAUACCAGUAUUUUCAAUGCCUUCCUAACAAAGUCAACAUCUAUGAACCUGACAAACCUAAAGCGUGGUGCCACCUUCAACUUAACCAUCCGCUCCAAUUUCUUAAAUGCAAGGAGCUCAGAGCCAUAUAUCAUCAGUGUUCCCCGCUUCGCAGCCCCAGAGAAGUUCCACGCUGUCAUUGAAAACAGUGGUAAAGUAGACCUGGUUUGGGAGGUGGCCGAAGAUAGUCCUUCUGAUGAACAUUUCCAGGGAUAUGACGUGUACUACAGUCGAUAUCAUCGUAUAGAUUCGAGUCAGAAGGACAACUAUACAUUCCACCAGACAACAACGGCUACUCACAUGGAAAUUGCGCUGGAUAGCACGUACGAGUACUCCUUCAAAGUACGUUAUGCAGCAGUUAAUCACUACCCCGGAGAAUUCACAGAGCCCGUUCAGGUGGCAGCAUCAGAAAUACUCCAUCUCCCAGAGAACCAGGCCACUGUCUCACUCUCUAAAAAUAAUCUGAUCGGGAUAUUUGUCGUGGUGGCAGUGAUUGUCGUUGCCCUUGUUGUUGUUCUUGCUGUUUUCAUCGUCCGCCAUCAUCGUCUACAACGCAGCUUCCUGUCCUUUGCAAACAGCCAUUACGACACACGCUCAGGGACGACAACAUUCUCUUCAGCCAAUGAGCUUGGUGAAGACGAAGAUUCCCCGAUGAUACAGGGAUUCUCUGACGAUGAACCUCUGGUCAUGGCGUGAUGUGGUCAUGGAAAUCUUCAAAAAAUCCAAUAUUGCCUAUCGUCAGAAAUGUCCAUACUGACAAGAUUUAAUGACUCUGUUUCAUCAUCAGCCUUCAAAACAUAAAAUCAUUCCACCGUCUGAUUGGCAACUAGUGGCUUUGGACCAGAGAUGAUUGGACAUUUUUCGAUCAGUGGAAGUUGGACGUUGGAGAUUUGGAGUUGGACAUUCCUUGUCAUCCUGAGAUUAAAUUAUCAGGUCCUGAAGCACCAUGCUCAGCGCCUUUAGCAUAAUAUACAGUCCCUAUUGAACAUAUAGGAAUCAGUAGGAAGGAACCUUGCUAGUCAGGACACAGGAUAACUGCUGAAUAGAUCGCUGUGAACUGCAAACAAUAUCAAAGACACAGAGAAAUAUCACUGUUUAAGUAGGACAGUGGUUUUCUUGAUAUUUCAAGGUCAUAGGUCAGAUGUGUUGGAUUACCAAGGUUCCUGACUUACAGGGAGGUAAACUAUUUAGCUGUGCUCAUUAUUAAGAUUCCAACUUCUCUUAUCUGUUGAGGAAAUAAUUAGUUUUGAAUGUGACUGUGAUGUAAGUUGUUGCUAUGGCAACAGAUGUGUGGAAGAGAGUAACAGAAGAUAAUGUGAACUUUGUGAUAUUCUGUAACAAGUUCCUGAGUGUGAGACUACAUACAUAUCAUGACUUUUUCUCCAUUAGGUCAAAGGUCAGCUAGAGUGCUUUGUUUUUUGAAAUGAAUAAUUAAUGAUAUAAUUUUAUGCAUUUAAUAUAGAUAAGUUGCCUAGGGGGAGGGAAUUCCAUCAUUUCCGUAAAAACAGUUUUUCUUUUAUAAAAAAAAGCUAUAAUCAGAUAAAUAAUUAUGGUGGUUUUAAAACAAACUGUGACAGGCAAUUGCUUGUUGGCUUAUUGCUAUGAUGUGGGUUGUCACCCCUUCUAAAAUCCAUGAGAUGGAUAAUCUCCCCUUGGGCUGCUAUGAUGAUGGUGUCUUCUCCUGGAGAAUGGAAAUUGAUCUGUUUGUUUUAUUUUGACAUAUUUUUAUCCUUGUUUAUACUUUGAUCUGAAUAGAUAUGCUGUCUUGAAUCUGACAUUGGUAUGAUUUUGAUUUAUAAAUAGUGUUGAGGUUUUGUUGCUAUGGAAACAGUUCUCAACAUUAUGAAGAUGAAUAUGUUUAUUUAGUCAUUUUUGUGAUUUGUUUACUACUGAUCAUAUCACCUGUUUAUGUUUACUGUAUAUGUGUUUAUAUUAACUUUAUGUAUCUUUGUACUGAGAGCUGUAUAGGACUAUAGAUCUUAAUGUACCCGGUAAUAUUAAAGGUUAAAGAAUUCUUUUUGGAUUACAACUUUAAUCAAAAACCUUUUCUCCCCAUAGAAGUUACUGUUACAUUUUUUUCCUAAUUGCAUGAAAAUCUGGAAUCUCUGAACUUUUGUUUUUGAUGAUUAAGUAUUUAGAUAUAUUCAUUUUUAAAAUCUUUUUCUGUUCUACUGAGAUUCAACACAGAUUCUUAAACAACACACCAUGCUGUGAGUUAAAGUAUUUUUUGAGAUUUGAGUUUUAAAAUCUACAGUUGGCUACGUGUUUUCUUUAAGAAUGAUGAGGGUAUAUGAUAUUUAAUUCAUAAAUUGACUAAAAAUUGUAGAUAAUUGUAACUAUUUAUAGAGAUAAAAUUCAAUUGUGCCAUUUAAUUAGUCGUUUUCAGAAAACCCAAGUGUCUUCCAAAACAGAUUUCUGAUUUCUGUUUUGUAAACAAAAAAUUCCCAAAGAUCCUUCUUUGAAAGAAAGAGCCAAGUCAACUUGUAAGCCAAAGUUAAUGCUUAAUUUAUCACUGACUUUGACUUUUUAUUUCACUGAUUUUUUAAAUUAAGAAAACUUAUCAACUCCAUGUGGCGAUAUUUCACAAGCUUUAUGUACAUAUUGUUGAUUUAGGAAUCUAGUAAAGGAAGAAGAAAAUCAAAAGUGAAACAUAAAAGACACAAACUGUAUAGUCAGAUAUUUUUUUAGGAAGCUUAGUUCUUUACAAUCAUGUUUAACAAUUAAAUUUUAUGAGGCCCCAACCCCUCACAUCUUGUUUUAGUCGUCAUGUGCUGUUAACGUACAUUGUUCAAAUACCUUGUUAGCAAUUUUGGGAGAAUCGUGAAUUUCCUUAUGUUACCAAAGGUUUGAACAGACUCUGAAAUAGAAAAGACAAAUAAGGGAGUUGUACAGAAUAUAAAUGAUAUAAAAUUUGUUUACAUUGAAUCAAAAUUUUAAUUAAACUUAUUAAAACUUGAAUAAGAAAAUGGGUAUGUUAUGUGUGCAGAAUGGAUUGUUUUAAUCCCAUCUGUAUAUAUAUAUAUUUUUUUCUAUUUAAAUAGUUAUGAAAUUUAUGCUGAAUUUGAUUAGAUUUCAAUUCAAAUGAUUCAGAUGGAGCUUUAAAGUGAUAAACUUGCAGAAAAUGCCUAAAGCAUUGAAUACUUUAUACACCAUGUGCUUUGAUACUUUUGGUCUUUAAAUAUAGAAAACUUGUAUAUUCUUACUCUGGACAAUAGUUUCAAUGUUUUUUACCUUUGUUUUCUUCGUCGACCUACUACGAGCCUGGAACUUACGGCCUGAUAAACAUACCUGAAUUAUUGGUGUUUCAAUAUGAAAAAACUUAUCCUAUUUCAGAUUUAAAGUGAUCUCCUCCAUCCUGUAGACACAAAUAAUAGAUACCUAAAUAAAAUGGAACAUGUCGAAGGGAGUAACUCUGUAUGUUCUAAAUUCAGAGUUAUCUGCUCUUGUGAUCAUAUUAAUAGUUACAUCCUUACUUUGCAUGAGAAAAUGAACAUUUUUACUCACUCUACUCUCACAAACAAAUGAUGUAAAAAUCAAUAUCUACUCUCAAGGGCAGAUAACUCUGGAUUAUGAAGGACAGUUUAGACACAAAAAUGUAACAGUUAUCAGCGGGGAAAAUAUGUUAGAACUGAGGAGUUUCUUAGAAAUAGAUACAGGCCUUUAGUUGAUAAGAGAUAUAUCUUGACAGAUUUUUUUCCCCAGUUAAACCAAAGAUUCAAUGCAAAUUUAUUUCCUGAGAUAACCAUAUUUUUAAACCGUCUCUGAUAUUAAGGUGGUUUUGUUCACGAACAACAACUUAUCACAUAAAAGGUUGGUUGGAUGGUGAAUGUUUCUAGAAGUGAUGUAGUAGAUGCAAUUCUGGUAUUUAUUGAAGUGUUACAACUCACAUCCACAUAGAUCCCAAGCUUUCCCCACAUACAUGUAUACAAGUACAUCUUUAAGUGGGGAAUUUUGGUCUUGUUUCUUGUUUUGAUAUAUAAAAAUAUAGUUUGAAGUACAUAAGAGAUAUCUUUGAAAUGGUACAAUUCAGAUGGUAUGGUGUUGCCAUAUGAUGGUGCAAUUUUAAUGGCAUGUUGUGAUUUUGUGUUAUCUCUGGUCGCUGAGCACAGGACAGGAUUUGUGGCGCCGAAGCGUGUGUAAUUUGGAUGACUGUGGGUUAAGCCUGUUGUAAGCUAGUCUCUGUUAUAGAAGGCAUUACCUGGUAAGCCUUGUUUGUAUGAAUGUGUGCAAGUGUUCUGAUAAUCAGCUGAACAUUUUGUUUUGGGACAUGGCUUGUUGGCCUGAUUUUUAAUUGAGCGUGUUUUUUUGACAUUAGCUUUCAAAACUGUUUGUAGCCAUAGAUUUUUGGCUUGCUGAGUGAGAAAAAUCAGAACUCAUUACCAGGUGAAUGACUUGAGAGUUGGAAUGUUGCUUUACAGAAGGCCUAGUGUCAAGAGGGUGACCGUAUUAUUAGGAAGACGAGGCUAAGCGGAAUAGGGGCCAUGGCUGUACUGUGAGGGAGACAUGUGUAGCCCAGUGUCAGAGACAUUUCUGUAUAAUUGAUUUGAGAGAGAUAUUAACCAGAGAACAGAGGACCCCAGAUAGGGAGAAUUUGUCACAGAUCACAGAUCUGCCAUUCAUAUAAAGUUUAUUUUUCCGAUAUAUGUGUUUCAUGUUUUUGUUUGUAAAAAUUUUUUGAUGGAAAUAAGUGUAGAUAUACAGUAUACAUUAUAUAUUCUGUCAUCAUGUGAAACAUUUUUGUACAAACUCAUCCUUCCUGAUGCUUCGUACCUCAUGUUGUUAGCUGUAGGAAAGCAAUAUUUUGAGAUACAGUGAAUAUUUGAGUCAAUGUUAUUUCAUUGAUUCAAAUUUUCUGUUUUAACAAAAGAAUGAGAUUGGGUUUCUUCACAGAUAUUAUGUAAUGAACCAUGAUUUUCUCCAUUAGUUUUUUUUUCAAGAUACUGUUACAUUUCAGAAUAUCAUUAUAUUCUUAGUAAUAGCAAAAAGUGGAAAAGAGAUAACAUUAAUUGAUGGCUCGUAUCUCUAGAUUGAUUUAGGACAUUUUUGGGAUCAAAGAAAUUUCCCCCAAAAAUUGAGAAACCUUAGAUCUUUCGCAUUUACAACUCUGCUCAUGAUUAUCACUCUAGAUGUCUAUAUAAAUGUACUCAAAUAUACGCAUAUUUAUAUAAAAUUAUGUUCAUAAUUAGUUGUAUGUUUUCACAACAACUGAUUUACUCAUUAGGGUAAUCAGAUGACAAUAACCAUAUAUUUUGACCUUUACAUGAAAUAUUUCAAUUGUACAAUUGGAUUUGUCUCUAAAUGAUUCAUUCAUGUCCUUGAACAUCACAACAGUUUUAUCUAUGAUAAUUAGUUCUAUUUUCGCUAUAUGUUUAUAGAAGGUCAAAAUGUACAGUUGUUGGGGUCUGAUUAUAUACAUUAUUUAAAAAAAAAUUGUUUCUAUAAAUAAAACACAUGGCAUUGUCAGUAACAGGGAAACUGCACCUCAGCCAGGGAACAAACAGGUUGUUGUAAUGGACAGAUUUUCAGUGUUGAAUGUGCCUACUGGAUAUUUAUAUUGUAAUUGAGGCAGGUGGUCUUCAUAGACAUGUGGUCUUUAUAGGCAGGUGGUCUUUAUAGACAGGUAAUCUUUUUGGAACGGUUACCUUUAAGUCAGGUUGUUAUAUACGCGUAAUUGGGCAGACUUUGUAAAUGAGUAAUUCUAAUUUACAGGUGGUGAAAUGUGUUUUAUUGUAACUAUUACUGUUCAUUGGAGUGAGAGAAAGUUACACGAAGGUGGAACUGGAUGGCCUCAGUCAUCAGAGUUAUAUGUUACCUCAGAUGAGGAUGUGAGGUGUCUGGUUCCACUCUCUCUACCCAUGUUGGUUUGUGUUUUUCAUGACGCUGACAAAGAAAUCACCUUGUGCUAACAAGGAUGAGUCCUUGAAUAAGACGCUUUACCCCAAUUUCUCUGGAUUGCAAGUGACAGGCCUCAAUAUUUUGUUUAGUGAGGUACCCUUGUACAAGGAGACACAGCAUCACUGGUACAUUAGUAGAAAAUCAGGGGCAACCAAUGUACUAAAGGUUUUACAAGAGGGAUUGUUCUUCAGUUUGACUCAACAUUCUGUAUCAUUUAGAUAUAAUAGUAUAUUCACCAUGACUUGGCCUAUCAUCUGUGUAUACAAUAUAUGUCUAUAUUAUAUGUCGUCAAGUCAGCUUUGGGGCAAUUUGUCAGUACUAGGAACAGUGUAGGAACAGUCUGUCUGUACCUCCUAUACUAUAUUGACAAUCUGUCUGUACCUCCUACACUGUAUUGACAGUCUGUCUGUACCUCCUACACUGUAUUUACAGUCUGUCUGUACCUCCUACACUGUAUUGACAGUCUGUCUGUACCUCCUACACUGUAUUGACAGUCUGUCUGUACCUCCUACACUGUAUUGACAGUCUGUACCUCCUACACUGUAUUGACAGUCUGUCUGUACCUCCUACACUAUAUUGACAGUCAGUCUGUACCUCCUACACUGUAUUGACAGUCUGUACCUCCUACACUGUAUUGACAGUCUGUCUGUACCUCCUACACUAUAUUGACAGUCGAUCAGUACCUCUACACUGUAUUGACAGUCUGUACCUCCUACACUGUAUUGACAGUCUGUCUGUACCUCCUACACUAUAUUGACAGUCGAUCAGUACCUCUACACUGUAUUGACAGUCGAUCAGUACCUCUACACUGUAUUGACAGUCUGUACCUCCUACACUGUAUUGACAGUCUGUCUGUACCUCCUACACUAUAUUGACAGUCAGUCUGUAUCUCCUACACUGUAUUGACAGUCGAUCAGUACCUCUACACUUGUCCCAAUAUCAACUGUAGCCACAGUGUCAUUAUAUCUCCAUAAUAUGUAAUUGCCUGCUUGAUACACAGGAUAUAAAUUUGUACCAGUGCCACAUCAAUAUCCUCAACACUUAGGGAUUUCCCCGUCAUACACAGCCAAGAGACAGGCAUACAGAGAAACUUUUUAAACAAAGAUAGCUUUGUGGCAAUUAAGAAUUUUAUUUCUUUCAUGAUUCUCAUUCAUAUACAUAUAUUCUUUAAUGUUUAUGCGGAAUUACAUGUAAUACAAUUGAAAAAAAAUAUUUACAAUGUAUUGUGUCCUUUUUUUUGGACACCGAUGUAUGUGUUGGGGAAAUUCUUUAAAAUGGCAAGACCCGUUUGUUUUAAAGAUGUAUUUUUUUGUGAUGGAAGCUCUCUGUGUAACUUUUAGAGUCACAGUAGCUGGGUAAUAUCCGGUAGUUGCCAUUCUGUUGUUGAAUAAGUGUGGCUCUGGUUCUAUGCAAUAUGUUAUGUUAAAACAUUCCAUUAAUAAAAUCGUGCUAAUUCCAUCAGAA